AUGUCUAACUCUCAUCAUGUGCUUGCUCUCAACCUACUAUGCCUCUUUGUUCUCACCAUCGGUGGUUCGGCAUUUAGGCAAAGUCCUCAUCGGUUUUCGCAACUUGACCAAUGUCGCAUCCAAAGUCUCAACCCUCUUGAGCCUAACCGACGCAUUCAACAUGAAGCUGGUUAUACCGAUGUUUGGGACCAAACAUCCGAUCAGAUUCAGUGCGCCGGUGUGGCUGCCUCCCGCCACCUUAUAGAGCAAGGAGGCCUCCUUUUGCCUUCUUUCAACAAUGCCCCUUUGUUAGCAUAUGUUGUACAAGGUAGGGGAAUUGUUGGCACAACCCUUCCAGGAUGCGCAGAGACGUUUCAAUCAAGCGAACAGACUGGAUCAGCUGGAGAACAAUUUGGCUCUCAGAGGUUUAGGGAUCAACACCAGAAGAUUCAUCGCUGCCGAAAAGGGGAUAUUGUUGCUUUCCAAGCCGGUGUAGCCCAUUGGGUCCAUAACGAUGGAAACGAAGACCUUGAACUUAUGGUAGUCCACGACACCAGCAACGCCGACAAUCAGCUUGACCAAAACCUCAGGAGAUUCUUCCUUGCCGGCAGCCCACAAGAGACGGAGAGGCGACAGGAGAAAUACGGGUCUGAUCAUGAGGAGAUCUUUUCGGGUAAUCUUUUCCAGGGAUUUGAGACCGAGGUCUUGGCAGAAUCAUUCAAUGUCGACUUGGAGACAGCGGCGAGACUACAAGGACAAGACGAUAACAGAGGAUUCAUCGUUAGGGUAGGAAAAGAAUUCGAAAUGCAAAGACCGUCAAGGUUCGAAGAAGAACGAAGAGAGAGAAGCAUAAGAAACAAUGGAGGAUUCGAGGAAACUAUUUGCACAAUGAGGAUCAGAGAGAAUCUUGAUGAUCCAGAUAGAGCAGAUCAAUACACUGCUAAGGGCGGUCGCAUCAGCACUCUCAAUAGCAAUAACCUUCCAAUUUUGAAGCAAAUCCAAUUGAGCGCUGAGAGAGGAGUCCUUUACGAGAAUGCAAUGGUGGCACCGCAGUGGAGCGUUAACGCUCACAGUAUCAUCUACAUAUUGCGUGGAUCGGGUCAUAUCCAAGUUGUGGGUCACUCUAACAGGGCUGUCUUCAAUGGCGAAGUUCGACAAGGGCAGUUGUUGGUCGUCCCACAGAACUUCGCGGAGGUCAAGCAAGCAGGAAGCCAAGGACUUGAGUGGGUGUCAUUCAAGACCAACGAUAAGGCGGUGUCAAGCCCAUUGGCAGGAAGAACGUCCGUGAUCCGUGCAAUGCCCGAGGAAGUGGUGAUGAGUGCUUUUCGGCUGUCAAGAGAUGAGGCACGAAGACUGAAGAAUAACCGACAGGAAGUGAGGAUCUUCCCACGAUCAAAGAGACAAGAAAGUGAGAGAUUUUGA